UCACACAGCUUUCUGACACACUCACGCUCAGCCACACAAACACACAGUAACCGCCUGUGCCAGAGCUCUGCUGCGCUGUCAGCUCAAGCCCUCUUAAAGCUGUCUUUCUUUUUUUUUUUUCGGCUGGAGAUCAGUGAGCGCUAACGACACACAGCUGUCUGAGCUGAACGCAGGAGGAGAAGGACAAGAAGGGAACAGAGGGAGGAGUAAAACAAGAAGAAGAAGAGGAGGAGGAGGAGGACAAAACCACCAGCAGCCUCUUAACUUGUCUCCAGUGCAGUCAUUCUUCAGCAGGGAGGGUUCACUGUUGUAGUUCAGGACUUUUUUCUUUCUUUCUUUUUGGUGAGAAGGGGGAGGUUGGAAAAAAAAGAAGAGGGGCUGUAGUUCACAUGACAUAAUCAGAGUGAAUGGGUUGCCAUGGUGACUCACCCAGGGAGCCUGACCCGUGCAGAGUGAAUGGAGGGAGCGCCUCGGACGCCAAGUGAACGAUAAACUAAAGGAGAGGGGAGUCAGAAGGACGAGAAGAGGAGGAGAGCAGAGGAGAAGCAGCACGGGCUGAGAAUGGAGGACGGCUUUUCCAGCUACAGCAGCUUGUAUGACACCUCAUCACUGCUACAGUUCUGCAACGAUGACAGUGCGUCAGCGGCGAGCAGUAUGGAGGUGACCGACCGCAUCGCCUCCCUGGAGCAGCGGGUCCAGAUGCAGGAGGACGAGAUCCAGCUGCUCAAAUCUGCUCUGGCCGACGUGGUUCGUAGACUGAACCUGUCUGAGGAGCAGCAGGCCAUGGGGUCACGCAGAGGACCCACCAAAGAGCCUGCUAUGAUGAGAAAAUCCCCCUCAGCAGACAGCAAUGUUGGCAAGCCAGCCAGGCCAAUGAUUGCCACCCUGCCGUUACGGCCCACAGUAAACAACGGGACCAUCCUACCAAAGAAAGGCGGUGGCACUCUGCCCUCCCCAUCUGGAUCUGGAUCCAGGAAGGACACCAGCACAUCAGCCAACAAGAGUUUGUCCUCUCUGUCUCGUUCUACCAGAAUUCUCUAUCGGCCCCUAAGCACUGUGAGGAGAGCGAACUCAAACGAGCAUGUGGGAACUCUCACCCGGAAAGACUCAGGCGACUCCAAGGGCAACCGAACUCGGGCUGGAUCCACUGGCAGCAACUCCAGCGGCAAAAAAAGUGACAGCAAACAGAGGGACCCAGUGUUCAAUGCAGGGAUGCGACGUGUGACCCACUGCAAAGAGGAAGGUUAUGUGAAAAUGUAUUUGAAGGGUCGUCCCAUCACCAUGUACAUGCCCAAAGACCAGGUGGACAGCUACUGUCUGGAGGCCAGAGCGGAGCUGCCCAGCAACAAACUCAAACUGGACUGGGUCUACGGUUACCGCGGUCGAGACUGCCGCUCCAACCUUUACUUGCUUCCCACUGGAGAGACGGUUUAUUUCAUCGCCUCCGUGGUCGUCCUGUUCAACGUGGACGAACAGCUGCAGAGACACUACACUGGACACACAGACGACAUUAAAUGCUUGGCCGUCCACCCCGAUAAAAUCACCAUAGCAACCGGGCAGGUGGCGGGAACCUCUUCAGAUGGAAAACUGGCUCCUCAUGUUCGCGUGUGGGACUCUGUCAGCCUCAACACCCUCCAUGUUCUGGGAACUGGUUUCUUUGACCGAGCGCUGGUCUGCCUGGCUUUCUCCAAGUCGAAUGGAGGAAACACUCUGUGCGUUGUAGACGACUCCAAUGACCACGUCCUCUCCGUGUGGGACUGGCAGCGAGAGGACAGACUGGCUGAGGUUAAGUGCUCCAACGAGUCAGUGUUUGCUGCAGACUUUCACCCGACAGACAGCAACAUCGUGGUGACUUGUGGAAAAUCCCAUCUUUAUUUCUGGAACCUGGAGAAAGGCAUGCUGGUCAAGAAGCAAGGACUGUUCGAGAAACAAGAGAAGCCCAAGUUUGUGUUGUGUGUGACCUUCGCAGAAAAUGGAGAUGCUAUCACCGGAGACUCGAGCGGGAAUAUCCUGGUGUGGGGAAAAGGAACUAAUCGCAUCAGCCACGUCAUCCAGGGAGCUCACGAGGGCAGCAUCUUUGCUCUGUGCAUGCUGAGGAACGGCACGCUGGUGUCUGGAGGGAAAGACCGCCGGCUCAUUUCCUGGGACAACAGCUACCAGCAAAUACAAACAGUGGAGGUUCCUGAGUUGUUUGGUCCCAUUAGGACCAUCGCAGAGGGCCGAGGGGAGACGGUGCUCAUCGGAACCACCAAGAACUUUGUUUUGCAAGGCAGUCUGGAUGGAGAAUUCAUGUCCAUCACACAGGGUCACACCGAUGAGCUGUGGGGUCUGGCUGUCCAUCCCUGGAAACCUCAGUUCCUGACCUGUGGGUAUGACAGGCAGGUCUGUCUGUGGGACUCCAGCUCUCAUCAGCUCAUCUGGGCCAAGAACAUGGAAGAUGCCGCUCAGUCGGCAGGCUUCCACCCCUCUGGAUCUGUGGUUGCCAUAGGAACGCAGACUGGCAGGUGGCUGGUCCUGGACACUGACUCAAAGGAUUUAGUCACAGUGCACACAGAUGGGAACGAACAGCUGUCUGUUAUGCGCUAUGGGCCAGAUGGUAACUUCCUGGCCAUUGGUUCCCACGACAACUACAUCUAUAUCUACGCUGUGGCAGAAAAUGGGAGGAAGUACAGUCGAGUUGGGAAGUGCUCAGGUCACUCCAGUUUCAUUACCCACCUGGACUGGUCAGUGGACUCUCAGUACCUGGUGUCAAAUUCAGGCGACUAUGAGAUACUCUACUGGAUCCCAUCAGUGUGUAAGCAGGUUGUCAGUGUGGACAUGACCAGAGAUAUUGAGUGGUUCACCUACACCUGCACUUUGGGCUUCCAGGUCUUUGGCCUGUGGCCCGACGGUUCAGAUGGCACCGACAUCAACGCUGUGUGCAGGUCCAACGAUAAGAACCUCCUGGUUACUGGAGACGACUUUGGGAAGGUUCAUCUCUUCUCAUAUCCAUGUUCACAGUUCCGGGCUCCCAGUCAUGUUUACGGCGGCCAUAGCAGUCACGUAACAAACGUGACCUUCCUGUACGACGACGGCUACCUGGUGUCGACCGGUGGGAAGGACAUGAGCGUGAUGCAGUGGAGGAUAGUCUGAGCAAGCAGGCAGGCACAGAUACUGUCAGCUUCGUACGCCUGCUGGGGCCUGAACCCAGCUGAAGCAAACUCAUCUGAACCAAACCAAACCUAAAUGAACUGACACUAAAAACGAGAAGAAGUAGAUCUGAAUGAACUGAAAUGAAGUGAUUUGACAGAAGAGAAACUUGUGUCCGGACGUUUCCUUCCUGAUCUGCUGACAGAUCCCAAAUGAGAUGAACUGUUGGAGGUGCAAUGUGCAGCUGCUUGAAAUACAAAAAUCCAAGUUUCUCCCUUUUUCUUUCUUCACACUACAUGUUAAAAAAUGAACUCCCUCUCACGUACUGUAGCCUUGUCACCAGUGACACAAGACAAACAAAUCAAACGGAUCUAAUCCAACUGAACAGAACCAAAGGCUCUGACUUUACUGACUGCGUUUGUACAGUUUGGCUUUCACUGUUCUUGUAUAGUGCACACUCCUGCCAUAGAUAAUGGACUGAAGAGGUUUGUUUUUGCUGCCUGUCAGAUCUGUUCCAGGCUGAAGAUCGUCGAGCUGGAGAUCCAAGAGCAUUGCAACAGAAACUGCGUGUGGAAAGAAAGUACAUUGUGAUUUUCUAAUUGUAAAACUUUCUUUUAUUUUGUAUUUAACAACUCAGGAAAGCACUAGUGAAGCAAGACCCUGUUCCCCUUUGGUAACACUGACAUAUCCGAUACAGCCUCCAGCGGCCCUAAAAACGUCUCACUGAAGUUUUCAGAGCAGUUUGAACCACGGUUAAUAUUAGCUCCAACUGUUCUGCAACCAUUGAUUUGCUAGCAUUGACUGUUGUGUAUGAAAUCGACCUCUACAGUUCUAGGAAAAAGCUGGAUUUUAGGGGACAUAAUAAAUAGUUACAGCGAGGAGAAUGCUGUCAAUGAACAAGCACCAUUUGGAGCGAUAAUUCAUUUGAGGGCAACACAGGAUCACAUUAUCUGGAUUCAUGAUCUGCAGCAAAAAUUAUCUGCAAGUGUUUGUGCUUCCAGGUGUUAAAAAAAACACCUUUCACUUUAUUUAUUGAUUAUAAGUCAAAUCCUUCACUGCCAGUUUCAUUUGAUUUUCUCCUGCAAUGAAUCCCUGUUUAGUCCUAAAUGAGUGAGCAUACUGAGAGGCUUGAAACAAAUCAGAGGAAAAUGAUUACACACUAUUUGAAACUUUUUAAAGAUGAGAUGUCACGUGCUUGGUUUUAUUCUCCUUUUGCCCUGAGUGCGAGCAGAACCAAAAUCAAGCGAGUUUUUCAAUGAUGUGAAGCCCUUUCAGAUCUUUCUACAUUUUCCUGCAGUUCGUGAAGGGGAAGGACGAGACCACUACACUGUUACUGUGUGAUUGUGCUGCUCAGAUGUGCACCUUCAGUCACUGGCAAGAUAUUUAACUGAACUGAACCCUCUCCUGGGGUGUUUUUAUUUUUGUUUUUUACUAUAAUGCACUGCUUCUGCCUGAUACUGCAGGUCUAUUGAGCUCAUUGCCACUCAGAAAAUACUGGAGCUUUUCAUAAACCGAAGAAACAAAGGAGAGCUUACUCACACAUGCAUGAAUAAAUCUGAUUUCUUUAAGGUGAUGUUUGUUUGGGGGGGUUGGUUGAGCAGAUUUUCGUGUGAACAUAACUCGUUAUGUUGCUUUGAAGUCCUGCAGGUUGUCGGAGUUAUGAGGAAGAGAUCUUCUAACAGCAGUGAUUUUACAGGCUCCACUCCACAGAGUGAAUGUAACAUGGCUUGUCUUACUCACCACUUAACAUCUGCAACAACAAAAAAGAAAAACCAUUGACAUCUGUCUGGAAGUAAAUGAAACAUGAAAUUCC